AUGAGGUCAGAGAAUGCUCUUGAAACCACACCCCAGCUGAGUCAGCCUGAUGUGGAAUCUUUAAUCAACGAAGUUUUUCCUGUAUACAGACAUGACAUAUCAGAUAAUAAGAUCCAAGGUUCCCCACACAGAAUAAAAUACAAAAAUAAUGAAACAGCUGUAUUUGGAGAAAAUGUGACCAUCUUCUGCAAUUUAACAACUCCAGCAGAUAUUGUGCAAAUUACCUGGCAGAAGAUUCAAGGUUCUUUGCCACAAAAUAUUGGCACAUAUAGCAGUGUAUAUGGAGAAACGAUUCUUCCACCAUACAGAGAUCGACUGCACUGUGAGGUCAUCGAACCCAAUUCCUCAUUCAUAACUAUCCGUGAAGUAACAUUUGAAGAUGAAGCUUGCUACAAAUGUCUAUUUAAUGUGUUCCCACAUGGCAGCCAUGGGGGACAAAUCUGCCUUACCAUUAUAGCUCUAUCUGGAUUAAAAACUGAACUCCAGUCCAAUCUUGACUCUGAAGAUUUUCUUAGAUUUAUUUACUCAGCUGUGGGAAAACCUGUUCCCCAAAUAUCUCUUUUCCCAUCACAAGUCUUGAUUAAUCCUCCUGAGGAAUACCUUGCUCAGAAUCCAAAUGGCACAGUGACUAUCACUAAAAUGUGCACCAUCUCCUUGGAGGCUGUGAGGUCCCUAGGUCUCCAAUAUCUGACUGUGCACAUGGAUCAUCCUCUAAGGAAUGAAGAGAAGAUUGUUCCCUUGUCAGUCAAACAAGAAUGUACUUCUCAUUCUCCUUAUACUUGGUUGCGUAUCAUUGGUCUACCCAUACUUCUGUUAUGUUUUUUGUCAAUUGUUAUCUAUCUUAUUUGGAGAAAGAAAAAGUCAGAGAAUGCUCUUGAAACCACACCCCAGCUGAGUCAGCCUGAUGUGGAAUCUUUAAUCAACGAAGUUUUUCCUAUUAAGCCCCACCAAUUUUCAAAGCUCCUGGAGUUAAGUCCUGCUGAUUUUCAAAGCCAGAUGUUAGUGUUGCAGGAUUACAGGGCUCCUGUCUCACGGAGUGGAAGAAAAUCUCGUGGACACAAAAGGCGUCUCCACUUGCCAGCAAUAGCUGUGAAGCCUAGUCAGGAAGGUCAGGGGCCUCCUAUUUCCUCAGCCUACACCUUCAUCCCUUCCCUAUUCGCGGACAGGACCUGUGCACAGAAAGAGCUAAACUGGGAUCGUGAGCAGUGA